UGUGCAGCCCAUUUUUUUUGGCGUAGACCACUGUAAGCCUGCGUGUUUGUAGUAACGGAAAAGUUGGAAAAGGUCCUUUAGAAAAGCGUGCCGUCGCUUCAACAAUAGUUAUUAACGUCAGCGACACGUUGAGUGUGCUUCUAUCGGCGGGGGACGUUUUCUCGGAAACCCUGAACGACACACAGAGGGGUCAACAUGGCCCAGUGGAAUCAGUUACAGCAGUUGGAGACACGGUAUCUGGAGCAGCUGUAUCACCUGUACAGUGACAGCUUCCCUAUGGAGCUGAGGCAAUUCUUGGCCCCUUGGAUCGAGAGCCAGGACUGGGCGUACGCGGCCAACAAGGAGUCUCACGCCACACUUGUGUUUCAUAACCUGCUGGGGGAGAUUGAUCAGCAGUACAGCCGCUUCCUGCAGGAGAACAACGUCCUGUACCAACACAACCUGCGGCGCAUCAAACAACACCUGCAGAGCAAGUAUCUGGAGAAGCCCAUGGAGAUCGCCCGCAUCGUGGCCCGCUGCCUGUGGGAAGAGCAGCGUCUGCUGCAGACGGCCACCACUGCACAGCAGGAUGGCCAGGUUGCCCAUUCCACUGGCACCGUGGUAACGGAAAAACAGCAGAUACUGGAACACAACCUGCAGGAUAUUCGGAAGAGAGUACAGGAUAUGGAGCAGAAGAUGAAGAUGUUGGAAAAUCUGCAAGAUGACUUUGACUUCAACUACAAAACUCUUAAAAGUGCUGGAGAGUUGUCCCAGGACCUGAAUGGAAACAGCCAGGCAGCAGCCACCAGGCAGAAGAUGUCUCAGCUGGAGCAGAUGCUGAGCGCUCUGGAUCAGCUGAGGAGGCAAAUAGUCACUGAGAUGGCAGGGCUGCUGUCUGCCAUGGACUUUGUGCAGAAGAACCUGACAGAUGAAGAACUGGCCGACUGGAAGAGGAGACAGCAGAUCGCCUGCAUUGGUGGACCACCGAACAUCUGCCUAGACCGCUUAGAGACAUGGAUUACUUCUUUGGCUGAGUCGCAGCUUCAGAUAAGACAGCAGAUCAAGAAGCUGGAGGAGCUUCAGCAGAAGGUAUCCUACAAGGGAGAUCCGAUUAUUCAGCACCGCCCAGCUCUGGAGGAGAAGAUUGUAGACCUGUUCCGCAGCCUUAUGAAGAGUGCGUUUGUUGUUGAGAGGCAGCCUUGUAUGCCCAUGCACCCUGACCGACCACUUGUCAUCAAAACAGGAGUUCAGUUUACCACCAAAGUCAGGUUACUUGUGAAAUUCCCAGAGUUGAAUUACCAGCUGAAGAUAAAAGUGUGUAUUGACAAGGAGUCGGGUGACGUGGCAGCCAUUCGAGGUUCACGAAAGUUCAACAUCCUUGGCACCAACACAAAAGUGAUGAACAUGGAAGAAUCCAACAAUGGCAGCCUGUCAGCAGAGUUCAAACAUCUGACUCUUCGAGAGCAGAGAUGUGGCAAUGGAGGACGAACCAACAGUGACGCGUCUCUGAUAGUGACCGAAGAACUUCAUCUGAUCACGUUUGAGACCGAGGUCUACCACCAAGGACUAAAGAUCGACCUUGAGACGCAUUCUCUCCCGGUGGUGGUCAUCUCUAAUAUCUGUCAAAUGCCAAACGCAUGGGCGUCCAUCCUGUGGUACAACAUGCUGACUAACCAUCCCAAGAAUGUGAAUUUCUUCACCAAGCCUCCCGUAGGAACGUGGGAUCAGGUGGCUGAGGUGCUCAGCUGGCAGUUUUCAUCCACAACCAAGAGAGGACUCACCAUCGAGCAGCUCACCACACUGGCAGAGAAACUUCUGGGUCCUUGUGUAAACUACUCUGGUUGCCAGAUCACAUGGGCCAAGUUUUGCAAAGAAAACAUGGCAGGAAAAGGUUUCUCGUUCUGGGUGUGGCUAGACAAUAUCAUUGACCUAGUGAAGAAAUAUAUUUUGGCUCUAUGGAAUGAAGGGUAUAUUAUGGGCUUCAUCAGUAAAGAAAGAGAGAGAGCAAUCCUGAGCCCAAAGCCUCCUGGGACAUUCCUGCUGCGCUUCAGUGAAAGCAGCAAAGAGGGAGGCAUUACCUUCACCUGGGUCGAGAAGGACAUCAAUGGGAAGACCCAGAUCCAGUCGGUUGAACCGUACACUAAGCAGCAGCUCAACAGCAUGUCUUUCGCUGAGAUCAUCAUGGGCUACAAGAUCAUGGAUGCCACCAACAUCCUCGUCUCGCCGCUGGUCUACCUCUACCCCGAUAUCCCCAAAGAGGAGGCAUUUGGCAAGUACUGCCGCCCCGAGGCCCAGCCGGACACAGAAUUCCCUGAUCCUGGAUGUGUAAUUCAGCCUUACCUGAAGACCAAGUUCAUCUGUGUGACACCGUGUCCUUCCGUCUUCAUGGACUUCCCGGACAGUGAGCUGCUUGGGAACGGCUUCCCUGGGACUAACUCUGGCAACACCAGCGAUUUGUUCCCAAUGUCUCCUCGUACGCUCGACUCUCUCAUGCACAAUGAAGCCGCCGAGGCCAACCCGG